GCGACCUUUAAUGCUCUAAUACAUCAGCUGCCUUCAUGUGAUCUGCAGGCUGUGCUAUCCUUCCUUCAUGAAAGAUCUGUUGCUCUAUAUGAGGAGGAUGAACCCAAUAUGUUUGCAGAUCCCAAUUUCCUUUCCUCCCUCCUAUAUCCAUUGCUUUGUGACUUGAUGAGUGUCAUGUCACGCACAGUUUCCUUGUGCUCGGUUUUGCUGCAUUGGGUUCAGUCCACAACCACAAUAGUAAAAGAGCAGCUAAAAGAAUACCACAGUUGGACAAAUCAGCAGGGUUCCCUGCAUAUUCCAUGGCUUGCAACUACUGGUUGUUCCCGGGUACAUUGUGCUGUUUUAGGUUUGUUGGUUCGAGGAGAGCUUCUUCUCAGAGCUCAUGAAAUACUAACACAAGUUGGCACUCCGCUUACUCUAGGCUCCCUGAGGGAGGAGCUAGUUCAGCUAAAGGAGGAACUUGCUUUACAUGGCUUAGGACAUUCCAAUAUGAAGAUGAAAAUGGGACUUUUCUGGAGACAUUGCUCUACUGCUACAGACUUGGGCAACUGA